UUUUAGAUACUCACACAGACACGUUUGACUCGCCUUAACAGACGACAAACAUAUCUAAUAUCUUUCAGCAUUACAGAUACAACCAAGAACAUCGAACAUAAAAGUACCUAAAAUUAAUUAGUAAACUAGUUUUUCUGUGCGAGGUCGGGUUUUGAGUUAUUUUCUUCUAUUUAUUAUAACAACAUUAUGAAUAACUUUAUUUUGUUCAUGUUUUUAUUGAUCGUGAAAGGUGUAUUUGGUGAUGCAGAUGUUGUGUCGGUGAAUGAAGGAGAUUCGGUCACCCUGCACACUGGUCUCACUGAAAUACAGAGAAAUGAUGUGAUAGACUGGAGGUUUGGACCUGGAAGUGACCAAAUAGCUAGAAUCAAUAGACCGGCCAACAAAGCAGAUACAUACGAUGGUCCUGAUGAGAGAUUCAGAGGCAGGCUGGAGCUGGACAAUCAGACUGGAUCACUGACCAUCAGAGACAUCAUUACCACAGACUCUGGACUUUAUAAAGUAGACCUCCCCAAUGACAAGACUUUAGAAUUCAGUCUCAGUGUUACACGAGCGGAUGCAGCGGGGCCGAUAUUAGUGAUGAAGCGAGAUUCUGUUACUCUAAAAACUGAAGUUCCUGACAUUCAUAGAUAUGAUGAGAUACAGUGGAGUGGACAGCAGAAAUAUCCUAUAGCUGAAAUCAACAGAACAGCUGGAAUCUUCAGCACAUCUGAUGGUCCUGAGGAGAGAUUCAGAGACAGACUACAGCUGGACUGUUUGACUGGAUCUCUGACCAUCAGGAACAUUGAAAGCAGCCUCUCUGGACUUUAUGAAGUUAACAUCAGUGGCAGCAAACACACCAUAUACAAGACAUUCAGUGUCAUGGUCAGCGGUGCAUUGGAGACAGUGUCAGUGAUGGAGGGAUAUCCAGUCACUCUAAGCUCUGCUCUUACUGAAAUACAGGUCAAUGAUAUCAUACAGUGGAAGUUCGGAGACACUAGGAUAGCUAACGUCAGUCGAACAGCCACACCAUUCUAUGAAGAUGAUGCAAGAUUUGAAGGUAGACUGAAAGUGAAUCAUCAGACUGGAUCACUGACCAUUACCGAAACCAAUGAAAAAAACUCUGGACUUUAUAAACUACAGAUCAGCAGCGGCCGACGCACCAUACUCAGGACGAUCACGGUCUCUGUCACUGUCACUGAUCUGUCUUCAGUUGCUAAAGCAGUAAUAGCUGUUGGUGUUGUUGUUGUUCUGCUGGUGUUUGGAGCUGGUGUUUUUUACUAUCGCCGCAAGAUCUCUGAACUCCAAAGACAAAAGAAGAUGAUUGUUCCUGUGAUGGAGGGAGAAUCUGUCACUCUAGAGUCUGAUAUUAAAAUACAGAGAGGUGAUGAAAUACAGUGGAUAUUUGAAGACUGUGUUAUAGCUGGAAUCAAAGGAAAUGACAGAGAGAUCUACAUAAAUAAUAGCCCUGAUGACAGAUUUAAAGAAAGACUGGAGCUAAAAAGGAUAACUGGAUCCCUGACCAUUAAAAAUAUCAGACCUGAACAUGCUGGAAUAUAUAAACUGAAGAUCGGAGACAGAAGAGUCUCCUACAAGACGUUCAGUGUUAAAAUCAUUGAAAUGAAGACAAUAUCGGAGUUUGAGGGGAAUUAUAUUACUCUAAGAACCAAUGUUAGAAUAAACAGAGGUGUUCGGAUGCUGUGGCUGUUUGGAGAUGAAAACUCGCUCAUAGCUAAUAUCAAAGGAGGCACCGAAGAGAUCAUUAGAUAUGAUGAUGUGAGAUUCAGAGGCAGACUGGUGGUGCACGAGAGGACUGGAGAUCUGACCAUCACAAACAUUACAACCGUCCAUGCAGGAAUCUAUAAACUGAAGAUCAGCAGUGAUGAAGGGUCUAAAAAAAUGAUAUUCAGUGUUUCUGUCAAAGCGAGGAGGGAACAAGUGAAGGAGGGAACAUCUGUCUUUUUAAAAACUUAUGUUGAAAUACAGGAGAAUGAUCAGAUCUUGUGGACGUUUGGAGCUGAAAAAUCUGUCUUAGUUCAAUUCAAAGAAGGGAUCACUACAUAUUUUGAUGAGAGAUUCAGAGGCAGACUUCAACUGGAUAAGAAGACUGGAGAUCUGACCAUCGCAGACACCAGAGCUGAACACACUGGACUUUAUGAGGCUCUGAUCUUUAGCAGCAGAGGGACUUCAUACAGGAGAUACGAUGUUGUUAUGUAUGUGGAGCUUGUGAGUGCUGUUGAGGAAGACACUACCAUUCUAAACACUGGUCUUCCCGAUAUAGAGAAAAACAGUCGCAUAGUGUGGAUGUUUAGAGAUCAUGACUCUCCCAUAGCUGAAAUUAAAAGAGGAACCGGACACACCCCUAAAUAUGACGAUGGUCCUAAUGUAAGAUUCAGAGACAGACUGAAGCUGGACGAGAAGACUGGAUCUCUGACCAUCACAGACAUCACACCUGAACAUGCUGGAGAUUAUCAGCUGCAUAUUAGCAAUGAUGAAGGGUCCACAAGCAAGAGAUUCUAUAUUGGAGUGAUGAGCAAAACAAUGACAGAAGAACAAGAAGAUGGAGAUAAUGACUCAGCGAUUGUGGAGAUACCACCGUUAAAUGAAGGAGUUCCUGAUGGAGUGAUUGAGUGAUUGAGCAGGAGGGGAUUUUUAUUUUAUCAAGAUAAGACAUGAUCAUCACUAUCAGACACUUUGCCAUCAUCAAUAAGAUUUUUUUCUCCUCUUGAAUUCGUCCAGUAAAAAAUGAAUAAAUAAUAAUUUUCAGUUUCUCAUAGCUUUGAAAUAUGCAUUUUAACAUGUGUGGACCACAGCAGUAUUUCUUUAAUCAUUUCAUGUGAUAUUUGAUAUAAUAACAAACACCGAUACCAGCUUAAUGUUGUUGUUUGACAGUGUCUCCUGAGCUGAGAUCACAUGACCUUCUCCUCGUAGAAAUAAAUCAGAUUAAACCACAGUUCAGAAACAUCUUUGACCAUCAGUGUCACAUUCAGUAAUAACUUCAGUGUAUCUGUUACUUUUAGUAGAAAUGAACCAGCUACUGAAAUUAUAUUAUUUUUAUUAACAUUUUAGAUUUAAUUUUAUUUGACUUGUACACUCUUAACCCAAAUUAGCUGACAAUACAAUAUAACUUACAAUCUUAAAUGGACUAUUCAAAUUGAGAAUUGAAUUCUCAUAAUUGAGACACAACGCAGACAUCAAGAAGCAGCAUAUGAAUCUUAGCAAUGUUGACAAUCAACAGAAUGCUUCAUGCUGCAGUGCAUGCUGGGUAACACCAUAUUAGAAACUGCCACCAUGCACUGCAGUAUGACAAAAUAUUGUCACCACUGUUGAGUAUCAUAUGAUGUAGUCAAGUGUUCAUGUCAAAUAGUCUGAGCCAACUCAUUAUUUUCUCUCAUACCCCUCUUUUGCCAAUUAUUUUAAAAUGAUCAGGGUGUCAUGUGUUUAAUUUCACUUUCUUAUCACAGUAAUGCUAAAUUUAAGUCAACAUCUUAAACAAAGACUACAUUAUGAUGCUCAUUCAUCAUGAGUUACAAGCAAAAAACCUAACUAAAGCAAGUUACAAUUGUUAAGAUGUGUUUAUAUACUAUAAAACUGUCAAUAAAACCAAAACAUUGAAAUGCCAUUACAUUUCUUCACAUUAAUAAAAAAAUGUCAAAGUAUGAUAUAAAUAAGACAUCAAUAAUGUGAACUAAUGAAUUUCGGUAAAGACUACUAUUGUAAACUUAAAUAGUCUACUUAAAAUUGUAUGUUCACCCAACUUAACCUGUUUAGUUUCAUCCUGUGCAAAAACUGAAAUGGUUUAGUACAACGGGUUUUCCACGCAAUUCUCUAGCAAUGUCAACUAAUUCGGUUUAAGAUUAUUUCUUUUGCACAUUUUAUGAUAAAUAAUUAUUCCUUAAUAUGUUAUCCAGUUAUAUGCUUUUGAAUUGAGUCUGUUGCACAAUGAUAACACAUAGUGUUGUGUCUGUUUGUUUUAUUCUCAUCUGUUAUAACUUUUGUCAAAAGUGUGUGUUUGACCAAUAAACAGUAUCUUGUAGGA